UCACACCCCAAAUUUUGCAGCUUCAACAGAUCAGGAAUCGGCCCUCAUGCAGGAUGUAAAUCUAAAGGGGAAGAUCGACAGAUGUCCGUGGCCCAGGUGCAAGCACAAACCCAAGGGGCCCAACAACAAAAAUUGGCGCUCUCAUCUCAGGCGGCACAUAAGGACGCAUCAGCGUGGCAAGAAGCUCCCUUGCCUGGUCCCGGAGUGCCUGGCGACAUUCUCCGCAGGCCGCCAUGACAAUCUUCGGGCCCAUCUAUGUCGAGUUCAUAAAUGGGAGAAGAAUCAAGCCAUGGAGGCUGUCGAGAACAACACACCCAGCUUCCAGGAGCUGUCCUGGCCCAGCCAAGGUGUCACGACUGGCCUCGGACACUGGACCAAAGAUGAACAUUCCCAAGAGGUUGACCAAGGGCUUAUUGGACAAGAUGCCACGCUCAUUGGUGACCAGGAAAGUGAUCUGGGUAUCUCACUUCUGCAGACUGCGUUUGGGCCAACUGUAUUUGGGGGUGUGGAUGCUGGAUUUGAUUACCUGGAUGUGCCUAUUGAGAGACCGUCUAACAUCGGGCCUGUAGGAUGGAAUUCUUAGGUUCAUCAUGAUGUUAUCUCCUUGAAAUCUUUCCUAUAGCUUGACUUCAACAGGAGUAUUGGUGAUUUUCUACCAAUCAAGGUC